AUGACAAAGAGAGGAUUUCUUUCUGAAAAUGAAUAUAAACAAGCAACACCUGGUGGGUCUCUUUGUGUUAGACUAUAUGGAUUACCUAAAGUCCAUAAAAUAGGAAUACCUCUUAGACCUAUCAUUUCAUCUAUUGGCAGUUAUAACUAUCAUCUUGUCAAGCUUCUAGCUGCUAAAUUGCAACCACUAAGAAAAAAUAAAUACAUAUUGAAAGAUACAUUUGAUUUCGUUGAAUCUAUCAAAAAACUAAAUCGUACAUCACUAAAAUAUAGAAUGGUUUCAUUUCAUGUAACCGGUCUUUUCACAAAAGUACCUUUAUCAUACACCAUCAACUUAAUUCUUGAUAAAAUGUAUGAACCUGAACACAUUUGUCCUGAAUUUAUUAAAGUAAAAUCAGAUUGGUACUCAAAAUGUCUGGAUAGAAAUUAUAUGAAAACAUUAUUAGACAUAGCUACAUUUGAUACUCAUUUCUCGUUUAAUAAUCUAUACUAUCAACAACAUAAUGGGGUAACUAUGAGGUCCCCACUUGCACCUGUUUUAUCAGACAUUUUCAUGAUUCAUCUAGAAAAUAAACUAAUUGAUAAGCUUAAAAAAGCAGGUGUUUUAUGGUACAAAAAAUACGUUGAUGAUACUUUCGUCAUUAUACGAAAAGCUAAGAUAAAUAAUAUAAAAAAGAUUUUGAAUAGUGUACACAAAGACAUAAAAUUCACAUCAGUUCAAGAACAAAGCAAUGAACUUCUGUUUUUGGACGUACUAGUACGUCGUAAUAAUAAAAUGCUUGAAACUUCUGUAUAUAGAAAACCGACCUAUACAAGCUUAUUAUUGAAAUGGCCAUCUUUUGUUCCGAAACGCUACGAGAUAUCAGCUAUCAGCUGUAUGGUUUAUAGAGCCAUUCAUAUAUCCUCAUCAUUCACAAUUAUGCACAAAGAAUUUGAUUUUAUACAAGAUAUCACCAAACUAAACGGAUAUCCAAAGAAUUUCGUUGAGUGCCAGAUAAGGCACACUUUAAACAGAUACAUAGCGAAACAAAACAUGCUCAAUACAGACAAUGAAACCAAACAAUCGGAACAAAAACAUGACAAUAAAGAAACUCAUAUAGACAGAAUAGUGUUUAAUGUGCCAUAUGCAGAAAAAGCAACUCGACAAUUUAGCAAAGAAAUCAAUAAACUUGCUAAAAAAAAAGAACACGGAGCACCACAGAACAUAACUACUACUGAACCAAAUCAAAAUCUAAGACGAUCUGAACGAAUAGCUAAAAGUAAAAGGCUUCAGAUAUAUUAUGGCGAAUCGGAUAACAAUACUGAUGAGGAAGAAGUUCCUCAAAUAACUACAACAUCAGCAAUACAACAACACAUAGCAUCUACCAAACACAAAAUUGACUGGAAUAAUUGGUUAAUUCUCGAUAAUGAUAAUCAUUCGUAUGGAUUACUAGUCAAAGGGUCUCUGGCCAUAACUGAAAAUUCACCAAGUCUUAAUCGCACUACAAGAUCAAUACCUUUGUUGGUCUAUCCUGAAGGGAUUAGGAAAAGAUCAAUACAAAAUAACACAACAUCCCAAGAUUCUAAAUAG